AUGCCACCUGACAUACAGUUCUACCAUACAUUUAGAGAUGAAUUAGUUUCUCAGGACGGACUCAUCUUCAAAGGAUACCGUAUUGUAAUUCCACUCACAUUGAAAGAUGAAAUUCUACAAAAGGUACAUUCUAGCCACAUUGGAAUCCAAGGAUGUUACCGCAGGACCAAAGAAUCUCUAUACUGGCCGAACAUGAUGAAGGAUAUCGAAACCUACAUUAAGAAAUGUCAUGUCUGCGCUACCAUACAAGGUGAGCAAGGUAAAGAAACUCUCAUUUCUCAUGAGAUACCGGACAGACCAUGGCAAAAGAUAGGAACUGAUUUAUUCCAGCUUGAUGACGGACAGUAUCUCAUUACUGUUGACUAUUAUUCAGAUUUCUUUGAAAUUGACCGUCUACAUGAUAAGAAAUCAAAGGAAGUCAUAAACAAGCUCAAAGCCCAAAUGGCUAGACAUGGAAUUCCUGAGAUGCUGAUUUCAGACAAUGGACCUCCCUUCGAAAACAUCGGAAGUUCUGCUGUCCAGAGACUAAUGGGACGUCGUACAAGAACACUACUACCGACAAAAUCUGAACUUUUGAAACCAUCCCUACCGAAAAAUGUCAAAGAGCAAUUAGCAAAACGGAAAUCUCUGUCAGAAUUCUAUUAUAACCGAACAGCUAAAGACCUACCAAAGAUUAAUAUCGGGGAAACCGUGAGAAUUCGACCUUUUGGACAGGAAAAAACCUGGACUAAGGCAAAAGUUGACGAGAAAGUUUAUAUCCGCUCAUAUCAGGUUACUACAGAGGAUGGUCGCACCUAUCGUCGAAACAGGAAACAUCUGCGGCGCAGCAAUGAGUCAUUCAUUGAGAACAACGUAGCAGACCCCCCAAACUUUGAUAAUGUGAUGACUGAUAAGCCACCAUCAGCAGAGAACCCCAAACCAUCACCGGAUAAAAUUACUCCCAUCAGCCGCUCUACAAGACAAAUAAAACUGCCAAAACGUUUUGAAGAUUUUAAGAUCUACAAGUGA